AUCUAGCGAAAAGCCACCAGAACCGCCUUGCCCCGUCAUCCGUCGCCCGUGCUGCUCCGCCGCGUUUUCCUCCCCAUCCGCAGCCCUCCAUUGCUGCCCCAAGGUACCGAGGAAGAUUGAUAUGGGGAUUUGAGUGGGAGAGGUUGGAUCUACAAAGGGGUGUGUGGAUCUGAAAAGCAAGAGCAGAUGGAUUGAAGGCGAGCGGACCCCUCUGCCUUCUCUCUUUCUUCACAGAGCCCCCGCUCGUUCUUUCUUUUCCCCCAUAUUGUCAUAUCUAGCGACAAGCCGCCAGAACCGCCUUGCCCCGCCGUCCGUCGCCCCUGCUGCUCCGCUGCGUUUCCUCCCCAUCCACAUCCCUCCAUUGCUGCCCCAAGGUACCGAGGGAGAUUGACACGGAGAUUUGAGUGGGGGAGGUUGGAUCUACAAAGGGAUGUGUGGAUCUGAAAGGCAAGAGUAGAUGGAUUGAAGGCGAGCGGACCCCUCAGUCUUCUCUCUUUCUUCAUAGAGCCGCCGCUCGUUCUUUCUUUCCCCCCUUCUCGUCAUAUCUAGCGACAAGCCGCCAGAACCGCCUUUGCCCCGCCGUCCGUCGCCCCUGCUGCUCCGCCGCGUUUCCUUCCCAUCCGCCACCCUCCAUUGCCGCCCCAAGGCACCGAGGGAGAUUGACAUGGGAAUUUGAACGGGAGAGGUUGGAUCUGCAAAGGGGUGCGUGGAUCUGAAAAGCAAGGGCCCCGUUCCCCCUUCGUGCGUUCCGAUGUUCCAUAGAUCCGAACGUCAGAUGCCGCCGCCGGCGGCGGUGGCCGACUGGUCGGGCCUCCACCAAGACAUCCUCAGCCGCAUCUUCCUCUCGAUCGCAUGCAUCGGCGACCGGGUCAGGUUCUCCGCCGUCAACCAGCACUGGCGUGGCGUCGCGCUGCAAAACCCGCCCCCGCUCCCCUGGCUCCUCAUGCCCUCCACUGCCGGGACCUCCUGCUACCGGAUCUUCGGCGGGAUCGCCGACCCGCAGCCGCCCCUCGCCGGCGCCGUCCGCGGGGCGCGUUUCUGCGGCUCCUCUCAGGGCGGCUGGUCCGUGGUCGUGCUCCACCAGUGGCACGGCCACGCCCUGCUCAACCUCCGCUCCGGCGAGCGCGUCCUCCUCCCGGACCACGUGCGCGUCACCCUGAACGGCGGGCGCGUCCCGCCGAACUUCAACGUCGUCAGGUGCCCCAUAAUGAUCCGCGCGGCCGCCGUGUCCGCGCCGCCGCCGUCGGCUGCAUGCGUCGUCGCUGCCCUGACGACAGGCCAGACCACCAUGGCGUUCUGGCGCCCGGGCAUGGACUGCUGGUCGCCGGCGCCGCUGGGGGCUCCGUGUGACGCCCAGGACCUGACGUACCACGACGGAUGCUUCUGGGCCGUCAACCCCUGUGAGCAGCUCUUCUGCUACAGGCCGGAGAUUGCCGGCGCAGACGGUGCGCUUACUGUUCAACAUCUUGUCUACCAGUGCUGUGCUGACCAGAUGACCCCCGCGGCGCCUGGGGAGAUCGUCUCCCGCUACCUCCUGCCUGCCGCCUCCGGUGAAGAUUUGCUAAUGGUGAAGAGGUUCGUCGAUCCGGCGAGAGGCGGCACUAGGCGGUUCGAGGUCUUCAGGCUAGAGAAGCAACUUGGCAGAACCUCCUGGCGCUUCCACAAGAUGGAGGGGCAGGUGCUCUUUAUCGGCCGGAGCUGCUCCAAGGCCUUCGACACAGGGCGCAGCGGCAAUCCGGGCUACAUCUACUUCCUCGACGAUGUCUAUGGUGGCCGUCCGAUGAGCGUUCUCCAGCAGAACGAAUAUCCCUGCACCGACAUGGGUGGUUGGAGUUGCUCCCCUGACGACGAGGAAAUCAAGCGCUGCCUGCCAUGGGCGCAUCCCUCGGACAGCUCACCGUCCAUUUGGUACCUCCAUUGAUCUACCAGGAGUUGGUUUCUAGAUUUCGAUCUCAUCAUAUUUCCAUAAUUUUAUUUUGAGUCUUUGUUGCCCAUCAACAUAUGCCAUGCUCCAGGUCAGUGUCUCGGUUUGUUGUCUUCGUUGCUGUGGUCGUUGUCGCUCUUGUUGUAAACUUGUAAUUUGGCUAUGGGAAACUGGAAGUUACAUA